AAUAAUCUACCCUCCAGCUCCAACGGACACAUUUUGUAACACUGGCGCACGCCGCAAAGGCGCGUGGAUACCGUUACGCGCGCAUUGGUGUUAAUGGCUCCAGAUGCGAGAGGAAAGAGGGCGGUCAAAGUGUGACGGUAAAGCAGCUCACUCAGCCAGCGACUAUUAGACCGCGUCUCACGCGUUUAAGGCACUGUUCAGUCCGGAGCGCCGCUCCCACCACGCGCAUGCUGGUGAAGACCUCCGCGCACUUGAUGCCCACUCCGGCGAUGCCAUGCCCCGCAACCACAGCGGAGACGAAGGCGCCACCGGGCUCUGGAUGAGGACGUCGCCGGGGCACCGAACCGAAGGCUGCGGCAUGAGAGAUGUCGAGUACGGAAGGAAGAUGAUGAACAACGCGGGAGACGGUUUGCUGUCAGCAGGUGGUGCCGGGUCGGAGAGCCUGAGGGGGAAGCAGGGGGCCCGGCUGAGCCUCCUGGGGAAGCCGCUCAUAUACAGCGCGCAGAGCGGCCGGAGAAACGUGCACUACCGGCGGCUCCAGAACUGCCUGUACAACGUGCUGGAGAGACCGAGAGCCUGGGCGUUCAUCUACCAUGCCUUUGUGUUCGUCUUGGUCUUCAGCUGCCUGGUCCUCUCUGUGUUCUCAACCAUCCCAGCUCAUCAGGACUUCUCGUCCUAUUGUCUCCUUAUUCUGGAGUUUGUGAUGAUCGUCGUGUUUGGGUUGGAAUACAUCAUCCGUAUCUGGUCGGCGGGAUGCUGCUGUCGCUACAGAGGAUGGCAGGGACGACUCCGCUUUGCCAGGAAGCCUUUCUGCGUCAUAGACAUCAUAGUACUGAUUGCGUCGGUGGCGGUGGUCUCGGCGGGUAGUCAGGGCAACAUCUUUGCCACCUCGGUGCUGCGGAGCCUCCGUUUCCUGCAGAUCCUGCGCAUGGUGCGGAUGGACAGAAGAGGAGGCACCUGGAAGCUGCUGGGCUCUGUGGUUUACGCACACAGCAAGGAACUGGUAACCGCCUGGUACAUCGGCUUCUUGGUUCUCAUCUUCUCUUCAUUCCUCGUCUACCUUGUUGAGAACAAGUUCAACAAGGACUUUGCUACCUACGCUGAUGCUUUGUGGUGGGGCACGAUCACAUUGACAACCAUUGGUUAUGGAGACAAGACCCCAAAGACGUGGACGGGACGGAUGUUGUCCGCUGGGUUUGCCCUCCUGGGAAUCUCCUUCUUUGCCUUGCCCGCUGGUAUUUUGGGCUCAGGCUUUGCCCUGAAGGUUCAGGAACAGCACAGACAGAAGCACUUUGAGAAAAGGAGAAACCCAGCCGCCUACCUCAUCCAGUGUGUUUGGCGUAGUUACGCGGCUGAUGAGAACUCGGUUUCCAUUGCUACCUGGAAGCCUCACUUGAAGGCGUUGCAUACCUGCAGCCCUACAAAGAAGGAGGCGGGAGAGUCAACCACAAGUAAAAGUCAUAGUAAUAAACAGAAGCUGCUGAGGAGGCUUACCACAUGGAAACAUAGUCAGAAGUUGAGCUUCAAAGAGCGCGUGAGGAUGGCGAGCCCCCGAGGUCAGAGCAUCAAGAACAGGCAGACGUCUUCGGUGAACGACCGGCGGUCUCCGGUGGCCGAGGCGGGGACGGAUGGCACCAGCCCUGCCAAGGUACAGAAGAGCUGGAGCUUCAACGACCGCACGCGCUUCAGACCCUCCCUGCGCCUUAAGAGCCAGUCACGCUCGACCACCGACGCAGACUCCAACAUGGCAGGGGAGGAUAGCUACGAUGAGAGAGGCUGUCACUGCGAGAUGUCUGUGCAGGACCUGCUGCCCUCUGUGAAGUCUGUCAUUAGAGCACUCAGGAUAAUGAAGUUCCAUGUUGCCAAGAAGAAGUUUAAGGAGACCCUGCGUCCUUACGAUGUCAAGGAUGUGAUUGAACAAUAUUCUGCCGGUCACUUGGACAUGCUGUGUCGCAUCAAGAGCCUGCAGACCAGAGUGGACCAAAUCCUCGGAAGAGGUCAAAUACCUUUGGAUAAGAAGAUCCGAGAAAAGCUGCUGUCUGAUGGAGACAUUUUGGAGGACAUGAGCAUGUUUGGUCGAGUCUGUAAGGUGGAGCGGCAGGUCCAGUCCAUUGAGUCAAAGCUUGACUCCCUGCUCGACAUCUAUCGUCAGGUUUUGCGCAAAGGAGCUUCUUCAGCCCUCACACUCUCCUCUCUGCCCCUGUUCGAGUUGGAGCAAACCUCUGACUACCACUCCUCCGUCUUUGGAAAGGACCUGUCCAGCUCGACUCAGGCCAGCAGCAACGCAGCCCUUCCCCCUGGUAGCAACUCUCACCUCUCACAGGGAGGCCUCCAUCUCAUCCUCGCGCCUCCCAACGAGCUCAACCUCAAUCUCAAUACCUCCCCAUCCACGGGCCUCCCAUCUUCCCCUUUCAGCCCGUCGCCGCUGCCUCAACAUCAUCAUCACCAACAUCGUCAUGCUCAUCACCUCCACCAUCAUCAUAGCCAAGCUCAGGUCAUGACACCUGAAAGUGGCACCGAUGAGGCUGUGGGGAGAUCUCCACCCAUUCUCACCCCAAAUAGUAUUGGUAUUGGUGGAGGAGUUGGAGAUGGGGCGUUUCCUCUUCUGGCGAGGCUUCCACCACCACCCCCUCCCGGCCGGAGCCUGGGCCCAACCAACCUGCCGCACAAAACCUCCACAGGGGUGUCCCCUUACAUGGACGACUUUGGUGGAAGUUUAAGAAUGCAGAUGGAGGGUAGAAGUUUUGGGAAGGACCUUGAGUUUGGGCCUGGCAGAUCGGGCCAAAAGUCACAGAGCAGCACCAACAGCAACUGCAGGCCUUCGGCUAAGGAGGAAGGCUCCUGGAGGAGACAUAUGAGCCUGGAGCUGCACCCCCUGGUGGCGCCAGCCCUGGGAUGCUGCUCGGGUCCCAGCCAGACGAACUGCUUGGGCAAGUCCAUGUCAGUGCAGGACCUGAUGCAGGCAGCUCCAGGGAGUGUCCAGGAUGUCCUCCACACACACAGCAUCUCAUCUCCAAACCCCAGUACAAGCUGUGACUCCCCUAUUGACUUCCACAGCUGUAGCCAAGACCCCGGGGGAGGUGGUGGCAUUGGAAGGAGCGGUGGAGAGGGAUGGGGUGAGGAGGACCUCUUUAUCAGCGACAGGGACCUGGAGGCGCAGGGAUUUGACUUCUUGUCACUGGGGACCACUGAGGCCAGCACCUUCUCAUCAGAGCUCCUGAUGGCUGACAACAUGGAAGGGACAGGUUCUCAAGGCUCUAACCGUAGCCUGGCCAGCGGUCCCACGUCCUCGCCCUCUGCUGGCAGCGCCAAAUUGCUGAACUUGCCGCAUGUGCGGCUAAAAUAAAACUUGCCUUAAUGUCUGAAGGCACAUCUCACAGAGACCGUUUUUUUUGUAUUUUUGGGAGGAGAGUGGGAGCGUGGGAUUAUAACUUUUUUUUUUUGAUUUCAUGUCGAUCCAUUUGAUAGGAGUCACGGUAUUUUCAUACAGACUGAUCAUAUGGCAUGUGAUUGCUAUAUGGUUUGUUUUAAACUGUGAUUUGGAAAUUGGAGAUAAAAGAUGAGGCAUUGCAUGUUUGUAUUUAAAGAUACUGACGUCAGUAAGUAAGGUUUAUUUGUGUAGCACAUUUUAACAACAUGGCAAUUCAAAGUGCUGCACAUAAAACCAUUCAAACAUCAGGCAGAAAUGACAGAAAAUGACAUUUAAAAACAACGUAAAAAAGUAAAAAACAGACAUAAAACAAUAAACAAAAAGAAUAAAAAACAUUAAAAUUGCAGUGCAGUUUAUGACCCUAACAGUCAAAAACAUGCACUUCAUCCAUGAAUCUGGUUUAAUUAAAAGCAGCAGCAAACCGAAAUGUCUUUAGUUCUAAUUUGAAGCAGCUGAGCGUCUCAGCAGACCUCCAGCUUCCAAACAAAAGUGUGUUCCAGAUAUGUGGAGCAGAACGCUGCCUCUCCAUCUUUGGUUCUGACCCUGGGAACAGUAGUAAGAUACAUUUAAACUUAAAGCAGGAAGGCACGGACGUCAAACACUCCCUCCGAGAGCACAACUCACAUUUUUUGUAAGUAAUUGAAGAAAUGGGGCUUAAUUCUUAAAUCUGACCGAAGAACAUCCCCUUCCUGCCUCUUCAAUCACAUGACAGGCUUCAAUAUUGAAGGUGAAACGUCAACUUGUCGUUGCCAAACUGGCUUGUUUAACAACACCAUUUCUAUUUUAUUUCCAGAAUAUUUUAGAAAACCAAUGACUUUGGUUGUCCACAAUCUUUUCAAAAAUACCAAACACAAGGACCUGGUGUACAAGUUUAGGUUGUAUACGACAGCUCUUAUAUUUUUGCUGACCAUUUUUGAAUAUGGGCAAAACAGUUUUUUUGGGGGGGGGGGUACUUUCUACAGCUCCAGGUUGGCAAUUGCGUUUGUAAAAAGGAUCAGUUUGACUCCUGACAUUUGCUUGAGCUGUGUCAUUUUCAAGUAUAUUGUGUCUUUGUUGCAGUUUGCACGAAGAAUAGUUUACAUUCUACAACUAUUUUAUGCAUUCUGAUUUCCCCAUAUGUUCUGUAAUUUCCUGGGGCCGAGCACAUUUUAUGUUAACUAGAGCCUUCAGUAUAUGACCUUUAAAUAUUUUUAUAUGUAUUCUAUUUACUCCUGACUGUAAAAAACAAGCCAACAUUAACCUAUAUAAAGGCCCAGUAAUGCCAAAUACAAAAUACAUUGAUAUGCCAGAAAGCCACCAGAAUCCAAAAAAUAUUGUGAUACAGAUUAACGCCGUGGAAUCCGGGUACAGUUCAGACAUCGAAAAGGAACCAGGUGCUGUUAUUACAAAUUGAUUCUCUGAUCAAUUAUGCACCGGCCAGUUGGUUUUCCAGCUGACUGACGGCCGUGGAUUGACACACAUCUUGAAUGUCAUUUCUUGGUUCACAAUAUCAGUUUGAUGUUUAUUCAGAUUGAGUUGACAAGGUACUUUGUUUUGGUUCAAAAACAGAUCCACUGAAAUAAAUGUUCAGAACUCUUAACUGUUUAUUGCAUUUGGCCUUUUGUUACCCUGUUUUCACAUAAAAUGAUGGUAUCUCAUUUAAAUCAUCGUCAAUGUUUUUUUUCAUACAGUGUAAUGUAGGAUUAUUGUUGCUUCCUUCAAGUGUAUUUGCUGCAGAAUGUAUUCCUGUUGCAUGGUACAGAAUCAGGUUAAUAAAGGUGGCACCACAAUUGUCAGUUAAAUAAUACCAAUAAUGCAUCCAAAGCCUCAGUGGUGAAUAAUCAACUUUAGCUUGCAGUACCUUAACAAAGAUUUAAAAAAACUGAAUAUAUGUGAAGGAAUUUUGGGGUCAGUUUGCUUUGUGGAUUCGCUUAGUGUAUUUUUACUUUCUUUCAAAUAAUUACAUUUAUUUUGCAUGAAGAGGUUGUCAUAUACAGUACAAAUCAAUAACUGAGAACGAACGCCACGUCCAUAAGACAUAUUACUAUGUAUGGUUCAGCUUGAUUGCAUCAGAAGAAAAAGGACCUAAAAAUGUGCAGUACAUACAAUAUAUUGGUGCCUUGCUUUUGUGGUACAUAUUCAUCUCCAUAUCUACAAUUUCCAGGAAAGUGCAGUAUGUUCCUUUAAACAGAAAUAGUUGUUGCACUGCCUUUAUUUUGUAGAUGUUCUGAUUUAAGGAAAUUUCACUUUUUUUGUUAUUCCAAGAUAAUUUUGCUACAGGGCAUAAAACACGUCAACAUUCUGUCUCGUUUCUUUUAAUUUAUUUAAAUUAUGUGCACAGAUUUACACACUUGUAAUAACCUCAGUUGGAUUCAUGAAGCCUGUAAUUAAAUGGAAAUACAAGUGAACUUUUAUUCUUAUUCAUCAAUAAAGGAAAUUCUAUGA